AUGGCUGGAUUGGUAGCAUCUGGAAUCAUAAAGUGGACAGCAAACAAACUGUCUUCCUUGCUUUCUCCUCCAGUCGUUUCUGCAUCAUCUGACGAGCAGAGUACCUCGUUCAGAGAUCUAAGAGAGCUGCAGAGGACGAUGGCAAGGGUUCAGCGGACCCUGAAUGCCAUGGAUGAACACAAUAUAAGAGAUGAAGCCGAGAGGCUUCGCCUGUGGGAGCUGCAGCAAUUUGCAUAUGAUGCUCAGGAUGCUGUCGACGAAUAUAGGUACGAGUUGCUCCGGCGGAGGAUGGAGGACCAAACCAAUCAAGGGCAGAGCAGCAGAAGUCGCAAGCGCAAGCACAAAGGCGACAAGAAGGAACCUGAACCAUCCCCUAUCAAAGUUCCAGUGCCAGAUGACUUAGCAGCACGGGUGAGGAAAAUCUUAGAAAGAUUCAAUGAGAUCACAAAGGCAUGGGAUCAUUUCCGACUCAGUGAGAGUGAUGCACCAAUAAGGGAAGAUGACUAUGACGUUAAGAUACUUACAGCCCCAUAUGUAGGCGAUUUUAACAUAGUUGGUAGAGAAGAAGACAAGGAAAGCAUCAUCGAACAAUUACUUUCUGAUGAAGCUGGUCAAGCAAAUGUGUCUGUUCUUUCUAUUGUUGGCAUGGGGGGAUUGGGUAAGACAACGGUAGCUCAAAUGGUGUACAAUGAUGAAAGAGUCAGUAAGUACUUUAAACUAAAGGGCUGGGUGGAUGUAUCUGAGGAUCAUUUUGAUGUUAAGGAAAUUGCAAGAAAAAUUGUCAUGUCAUUCACCAGGAACCCAUGUGAUACAGAAGAUAUGGAUAAUCUCAAAGAUAUGAUAAUGGCGCAAGUACAGCACACGGAAUUCUUUCUAGUUCUUGACAACGUGUGGAAUGUGAAGAAGGAGCUCUGGGAUGAUUUGCUUGCCCUCAUGGUGGGUGCACAGUCGGGAAUGAUCUUAGUAACAACACGCGAUGAAACUAUUUCAACUAUGGUAGGAACAAUGCCUUCCUAUGAUCUUAGCUUCCUAUCUUCUGAAGAAUCAUGGCAGUUGUUCAAGCGGAUGGCCUUCGGAUGUACAGAUCAACAUAUGGGCCAACAGUUCGAAGGAUUUGGUAGGAAAAUUGUGGAAAAAUGUGGAGGCCUACCAUUGGCAAUCAAGGUAAUAGGGUCUUCUCUUCAUGGUGAGACCAAUGAAGAAACAUGGAAAGAUGUCUCAGAGGAUGAUCAAUGGAAGUUGCCUGUGGGUGAGGAUAGAGUGCUGCCAGCACUGAAACUGAGCUAUGAUCGAAUGCCAACACAAUUGAAGCGCUGCUUUGUUUUCCUUUCAUUGCUCCCUAAGGGGUACUAUUUCUGGAAAGAGGAUUUGAUAAAUCUCUGGAUGUGUUUGGGACUCCUCAAGCAAUACUCUACUAGACGCCAUGAAAAUAUUGGCACGAUGUACUUUGAUGAUUUAAUUCAGAGGACAAUGGUUCAACGAGCAGAAUCUGGUGAAAAACCGGAAUGUUUUGUGACACAUGACCUUAUCCAUGAUUUGAUGUAG